AUGUCAACCUUAAGACAACAAUAUUCGAGUAGUUCAAAAAAUUCAUUCCGAAAACAAAAAUCAAUCGAUUUGAAUGAUAAGCAAACGAAUGACAAUAAGAAAAUUCUUCGAAAACAGGUAUCAGUUGAGCAUGUAACGUUGGGACUGAAACACGUUCCAUCGUCAUCAGCUCCCAUUAACUUUAACAACGUUUUGUGGCGAAAUUCAACGAACUCCCUUACCGAGCCUAAUCUUAAGAUUGUAUCAACCAGUGCCGUUAGGAAGCGCGCACAGUUCGCUGCGAGUAGCAUCAGCACGAGUUCUUUAAGCAACCGACAGGAAUUGCUGAGUGAUUGCUUGAACGGCAAAAUGAAAAGUGUUGGCGAAGGAGCAAAGACUCGUGUUAAUAUCAACAUUUUUCUAUCACAAGAUGUUCAUGAUGAUGCAAUCAGUGACAACGAGACACCGGGAAAUUCCGAGCAAUAUGCGCUCAACAAUAAAGCAUCGACAAAUUUAUCGACGAAUGUUGCAGCCAAGUCGGUAAAUAACUCAGAAAUUCCAUCAACAGUUCCUAAUGGAAAGCUUUCUGUUAGUGCACGUCGAGCUCAAUUUCAAGCGAGUCGUCGAAUCAUGUCAGCACCAAUUCGUCCUUUAAACAUGGAAGAUCAGAAAAACAAACGAAAACCGAAGACAAAGAAGAAAAUCAUAAGGGACAAGGACGAUAUCAAUGAUUCACCUGAUGAAAUGCCGGAAGAUUUGGCAACUCGUAAAAAUAUUUCACAACCAACUUUACAGAAAUCUUCUGGCAAGUCAAAGCAACUCUCAUCCAGGUCGAGAUCGGUUCUAGGAUGCGACCAAGUUGGAAUUGAAACACUUGUGUCAAUGUUAAGCUCAGGGGGAAGUGAUUCAGAGAAGGAAGAUCCAACACCACCAGUUCAACCACAACCUGUUCAAAAGAUUGAAGUUCCAAGAGCAAGAAGUGGCAUGUUGAGAAAAUCAGUUUCAUUUCAAGAUGAUGACAGCUUUUUACAACAACAAUCGACAACGCAGAAGAAGGAUUUGUUGAACAAUCGUCGUAAUAUUCCAUUUACUGGUCGAAUGAGAAACACAAGAAGUCUCUUUGGACAGGAAAUCAGCAAUCUUUACCUGACAACCAAUGAUGAUGAUAAAAAUGCGAUGGAAAAUAAGAAUGAAAACGACAUAAAUUCAUCGAACAAACUUAGAGAAGAAAAUGAGAUUGCGGAAAAGACAAGAAAUAAAAAAAUUGCUUCAAAUGAAAUGGCAGAAGAUAAAGAAUCUCAGGAUGAUCAAACGCCAAAAGAACAAGAAUGUUGGAGAUUGUAUGAGAAGAUGAAGAAGACGGGCCUCAAUGUUUCUUACGAUACAAUUUUACGUGGAAUUCUGAAGCCAAGUGAAUUACGAUUACUUGAGAAGCAAAAGAAGUUUCUUGUUGAUAUCGAAGAGAAAUCAAUUGAUGAAGAUAAAACACAACACGAGCCACAAAAAGUUAAUUAA